CUUUGCUUCUCUUUCCUCUCUCCUCAUUACCAUCUCUCAAUUCAGACACUCUCGAUAGGAAGACUCAGUCGCAUUUUUCAUCAAUCAAUCCCAAUCACUGCCGUUCAAAGCCAACCGCUACAAUGUCACUCGUUGAUACCUAUCAUGCCUACGUAUUCGGAACGAGCUUCUGGUACUUCCUCCGAGGCUUCAUGCGUAUCGUCGACCCAGUCAGAGUCGUAGCAUGGUUCAGACCCCCGGUGGACCAGCUGCUCACAGCAAACGACCUAGAAAUCUACACCACCCGCACCGACGCCUUCGGCCUCUGGACCUUAGCAGCAAUCCUGCUCGUCCUCGCCGACGCGGUGCCCCUGCCCAAAUCCCUGACCGGCUCGGCAUUCACCUCGCCCGCAUCGGAGAAGGUGAAGAAGCCGUAUGCGCGUGCCGUCAUCGUCUUGACCCUCUUCCACCACAUUACGACGGGCAUUGGGUCUUAUAGUCAUUGGAUUCUUCCCUCGCAUCGCACUGUUGCUAUGGAUAUUGGUGUUUUUGGCAACAUUGCACUGACUGUUUUGGGAAUUGCUGCGUUGGUGUCUGGAAUGGAUGAGGGCAAGUCGGUGAAGAAGAUUAAAUGAGUGAAUCGAGGGAAUCCUACGGUACACGAUCGGGACGGGAGAGUGAUGUUGAAAGACCAGGAGAGGUUAUAGACGAGUGAAUGCUGGUGAUAUCAAGAUCGAGAUGACCUGCAUUCAACCGCAUGCUUACGCCUUCACCUUUCCAGGCAUAUCGUCG